AUGCUGCUAUUGCCACCACCGCUGCUGCUGUCCCUGCUGUGGGCAGGUGAGUGGGCUUCAGGGAGAGGGGUGGGCAGGGCAGGGGCUGCGGCUGAUCCUCGUUCCCCCGCAGGGUCCCUGGCUCAGGAUGGCAGAUUCUGGCUGGAGGUGCAGGAGUCCGUGGUGGUGCAGGAGGGCCUGUGUGUCCGCGUGUCCUACUCCUUCUACUAUCCCCGGGAAAAAUGGAACAGCUCUGUCCCAGCUCACGGCUACUGGUUCCAGGAAGGGGCCAAUGUGAAUCUGGAUGCCCCAGUGGCCACAAACAACCCCGGUCGUGAGGUGCUGACGGACACCCGGGGCCGAUUCUACCUCCUUGGAGACCCCCGGAACUACAGAUGCUCUCUGGACAUCAGAGAUGCACAGCGGCGGGACACAGGGAAAUACUUCUUUAGGGUGGAGAGAGGGUCUUAUGUGAAAUAUAGUUAUACACAGAACCUACUCUUCCUGCAUGUAACAGGGACUGGGUCUGUUUCUCUCUCCUCUUCAGCUCUGACACAGACACCCGACAUCCAUGUCCAGGGGCCCCUAGAAUCUGGCCGCCCCGGGAAUAUCACCUGUGCAGUGCCAUGGGCCUGUGAGAGGGGGACACCCCACACCUUCUCCUGGAUCGGGGUUGCCCUCACUUCCCUGCACCCCAAGAGCCGCCAUUCCUCAGUGCUCACCCUCACCCUGGGGCCCCAGGACCAUGGCACCAACCUCACCUGUCGAGUGACCUUCCCCGGAGCUGGCGUGAGCACAGAGAGCACCAUCAGGCUCAACGUGUCCUAUGCACCCCAGAAGCCGACCAUCAGAGUGUUCCGGAAAGAAGGCACAGGACCUGAAACUCUGGGCAAAAGCCUAUCUCUCUCAGUCCAGGAGGGCCAGUUCCUACGCCUGGACUGUGUUGCCGACAGCAACCCUCCUGCCAUGAUGAGCUGGACCCGGGGGAGCCUGACCCUGAGCCCCUCAAAUUCCUCGAACCCUGGGGUCCUGGAGCUGCCCCGGGUGGAACUGGGGGACCAUGGGCAAUAUGUCUGCCGAGCUCAGCAUCCGUUGGGCUCCAAGGAAGCAUCUCUGAGCCUCGUUGUGAAAAACGCCCCGCAGCUGCUGGGACCCUCCUGCUCCCAGGAGGAUGAGGGUCUGCACUGCGACUGUUCCUCCCGAGCUCAGCCGCCCCCCUCCCUGCGCUGGAGGCUGGGGGAGGGGCUGCUGGAGGGGAAUUUCAGCAACGCCUCCUUCAAGGUCACCUCCAGCUCGGCUGGGCCCUGGGCCAACAGCUCCCUGAGCCUCCGCGAGGGGCUCAGCUCUGGCCUCAGACUCAGCUGCGAGGCCCUGAACGGCCACGGGGCCCAGAGCGCCACUGUCCUGCUGCUGCCAGGGAGGCCAGCACCCAGGACCGGUGUGGUCUGGGGGGCCGUCGGGGGAUCUGGCGUCACAGCCCUGCUAGCUCUCUGCCUCAUCUUCUUUGUAGUGAAGAUCUACAGGAAGAAGUCAGCGGAGAAGGCAUCAAGCAGAGAUGGCGUCCGUCCAGCGUUGAGUUCCAUCUCUCUGGGUCACCCCAAUGAAUCCUGUUCAGACAGCCCCUCAGACUACCAGACUCCAGCUCCGGCCACCUCCACCUCAGGGAAGGAGCAGGAGCUCCAUUAUGCCACCCUCAAUUUCCAAAGGCUGAGGACCCACAACUUUCAAGACCAGGACACCACCGAGUACUCAGAGAUCAAGAUCUGGAAAUGA